GGGGAAAGGUGGAGGAGAAAGGAGGGGGGAGCGGGGAGGAGCGGCCGGGCCUGGGGCCUUGAGGCCCGGGGAGAGCCGGGGAGCUGGGCCGGCGCGCCGAGAUGCUGCUGCUGCUGCUGCUGUUGGCGCCUCUCUUCCUCCGCCCCCUGGGCGCUGGCGGGGCGCAGACCCCCAACGCCACCUCAGAAGGUUGCCAGAUCAUACACCCUCCCUGGGAAGGGGGCAUCAGGUACCGGGGCCUGACUCGGGACCAGGUGAAGGCUAUCAACUUCCUGCCGGUGGACUAUGAGAUUGAGUAUGUGUGCCGGGGGGAGCGCGAGGUGGUGGGGCCCAAGGUGCGCAAGUGCCUGGCCAACGGCUCCUGGACAGAUAUGGACACACCCAGCCGCUGUGUCCGAAUCUGCUCCAAGUCUUAUUUGACCCUGGAAAAUGGGAAAGUUUUCCUGACGGGUGGGGACCUCCCAGCUCUGGACGGAGCCCGGGUGGAUUUCCGGUGUGACCCCGACUUCCAUCUGGUGGGCAGCUCCCGGAGCAUCUGUAGUCAGGGCCAGUGGAGCACCCCCAAGCCCCACUGCCAGGUGAAUCGAACGCCACACUCAGAACGACGCGCAGUGUACAUCGGGGCGCUGUUUCCCAUGAGCGGGGGCUGGCCAGGGGGCCAGGCCUGCCAGCCCGCGGUGGAGAUGGCGCUGGAGGACGUGAAUAGCCGCAGGGACAUCCUGCCGGACUAUGAGCUCAAGCUCAUCCACCACGACAGCAAGUGUGACCCAGGCCAAGCCACCAAGUACUUGUAUGAACUGCUCUACAAUGAUCCCAUCAAGAUCAUCCUCAUGCCCGGCUGCAGCUCUGUCUCCACGCUUGUGGCUGAGGCUGCCAGGAUGUGGAACCUUAUUGUGCUUUCCUAUGGCUCCAGUUCACCAGCCCUGUCAAACCGGCAGCGUUUCCCCACAUUCUUCCGAACACAUCCAUCAGCCACUCUCCACAAUCCUACCCGAGUGAAACUUUUUGAAAAGUGGGGCUGGAAGAAGAUUGCCACCAUUCAGCAGACCACAGAGGUCUUCACUUCGACUCUGGAUGACCUAGAGGAAAGAGUGAAGGAGGCUGGAAUUGAGAUAACUUUCCGCCAGAGCUUCUUCUCAGAUCCAGCCGUGCCUGUCAAAAACCUGAAGCGCCAAGAUGCCCGAAUCAUCGUGGGACUUUUUUAUGAGACUGAAGCCCGGAAAGUUUUUUGUGAGGUGUACAAGGAACGUCUUUUUGGGAAGAAGUAUGUCUGGUUCCUCAUUGGGUGGUAUGCUGACAAUUGGUUCAAAAUCUAUGAUCCGUCAAUCAAUUGCACAGUGGAUGAGAUGACCGAGGCAGUAGAGGGCCACAUCACCACUGAGAUUGUCAUGCUGAACCCUGCCAACACCCGCAGCAUUUCUAACAUGACAUCCCAGGAGUUUGUGGAGAAACUAACCAAGCGACUCAAAAGACACCCUGAAGAGACAGGUGGCUUCCAGGAAGCACCGCUGGCCUAUGAUGCCAUCUGGGCCUUGGCAUUGGCCCUGAACAAGACAUCUGGAGGAGGUGGCCGUUCGGGUGUGCGCCUGGAGGACUUCAACUACAACAACCAAACCAUUACCGACCAAAUUUACCGGGCAAUGAACUCCUCGUCCUUUGAGGGUGUCUCUGGCCAUGUGGUGUUUGAUGCCAGUGGCUCCCGAAUGGCAUGGACACUUAUCGAGCAGCUACAGGGUGGGAGCUACAAAAAGAUUGGCUACUAUGACAGCACCAAGGAUGAUCUUUCCUGGUCCAAAACAGAUAAGUGGAUUGGAGGGUCCCCUCCAGCUGACCAGACCCUGGUCAUCAAGACAUUCCGCUUCCUGUCACAGAAACUCUUUAUCUCCGUCUCCGUUCUCUCCAGCCUGGGCAUUGUCCUUGCUGUGGUCUGUCUGUCCUUUAACAUCUAUAACUCCCAUGUCCGUUAUAUCCAGAACUCCCAGCCCAACCUGAACAAUCUGACUGCCGUGGGCUGCUCACUGGCGUUAGCUGCUGUCUUUCCCCUUGGUCUGGAUGGUUACCACAUCGGAAGAAACCAGUUCCCUUUUGUCUGUCAGGCCCGCCUCUGGCUCCUAGGCCUGGGUUUUAGUCUGGGCUAUGGCUCCAUGUUCACCAAGAUUUGGUGGGUCCAUACAGUCUUCACAAAGAAGGAGGAAAAGAAGGAGUGGAGGAAGACUCUGGAGCCCUGGAAGCUGUAUGCCACAGUGGGCCUGCUGGUGGGCAUGGAUAUCGUUACUCUUGCCAUCUGGCAGAUCGUGGACCCCUUGCACCGGACCAUUGAGACUUUUGCCAAGGAGGAACCGAAGGAAGACAUUGACGUCUCUAUUCUGCCCCAGCUGGAGCACUGCAGCUCCAAGAAGAUGAAUACAUGGCUUGGUAUUUUCUAUGGUUACAAGGGGUUGCUGCUGCUGUUGGGAAUCUUUUUGGCUUAUGAAACCAAGAGCGUGUCCACUGAGAAGAUCAACGAUCACAGGGCUGUUGGCAUGGCCAUCUACAAUGUGGCGGUCCUGUGCCUCAUCACUGCCCCUGUCACCAUGAUUCUGUCCAGCCAACAGGAUGCAGCCUUUGCCUUCGCUUCUCUUGCCAUCGUGUUCUCUUCCUAUAUUACUCUGGUUGUGCUCUUUGUGCCCAAGAUGCGCAGGCUUAUCACCCGAGGGGAAUGGCAGUCUGAGGCGCAGGACACCAUGAAGACAGGGUCAUCUACCAACAACAAUGAGGAGGAGAAGUCCCGCUUAUUGGAGAAGGAAAACCGUGAACUGGAAAAGAUCAUUGCUGAGAAAGAGGAGCGAGUCUCUGAACUGCGCCAUCAGCUCCAGUCUCGGCAGCAGCUCCGCUCCCGGCGCCAUCCCCCAACACCCCCAGAUCCCUCUGGGGGCCUACCUAGAGGACCCCCAGAGCCCCCUGACCGUCUUAGCUGUGAUGGGAGUCGAGUCCAUUUGCUUUACAAGUGAAGGGGUAUCAGGGAGGACAGGUGUUGAUUGGGCAAGAUGCUGUGGUGGGUGCAUUUUUAGGCACUGAAGCAGAGAAGUGAACAAGAUGGUUUGCAUGGGACACAUGUUCCCAAGAUGGGAUGAUGACCAGUGAAGAUGAACAAAUAAAAAACUGAGAUAGUAUAAGAGACCAACCAGGAACACUGGGCAUCUCUGUCAUUAGCUCUAGUGCUCAGGACAACCCUGGCGGGAGGGGGUUGUUAUGCUCAAUAGAUGGCAAGGAGACUGUGGCCUGGGAAAGAAAGAAUCCUGUGCAGUGUCAUACAGCUAAUAAGAAAAAAAAAAAAAUCAGUGUUUAAACUGUGCAUUAUUAUCAGUUGCUGUGUAACCUAUUACCCAAAGUCACUUAAACAACAAAAAAUUUCUGGGUCAGAAAUUGAGACAGGCUACUUACUCCACAGUGGCUAGAAGGUUUGAAGACUGGGAACUGGAGUCAUGUGAAAGUUCCUUCAGUGUGGAAAGGUGGGUUUUGGCUCAGCAGAGAAUUGGACUGGGGCUGUGGGCUGGAACCUUUACACGUGGCUUUCUGUGUGGCCUGGGGAUUCUUUAUGAUGUGGUGACUGAAUUCUAAAGGUGAGUGUCAGCGAGAGAGAUACAGAAAAGAGAAUGAGAGAGUAUGUAUUAUCUUUUUUCCUGUUGAAGCUUUGGAAAUGACUAGCAGGGCUUCUGCCCUAUUGGUCUGCAUAGUUAUAAGCCUGUGUCAGAUUCACGGGGUAGAAAUACAGAAUUUAUCACACCAUAAACACCACACAUGGAGUGGGAUAAAUAUAUUGUUGCAGCCUCCUUUAAGAAAAUAAUCCAUGGGUCUAACCUGCUUACUCCAAAGCCAGUGUUCUUUAUGGCUCAUUCCACUACUUGUCUCCUCCAAAGUUGACCACCCCAGUCUGUUUAUUUGCUGGCAUUCAGUCUUUUAUGAGGCCCCCUAUUCCUUGUGGAAAUUUCAGGGCCAGCUGUUGUCACAUACCUGGCCUUUCUGUCUACAGUGUUGAAGAUGGCCCUGUCAACUAUGGAUCCUCCCAUGGUCCUUAUUAGUUUUAGGCCAUCCUAGACAGGCAAACUGUUUUUUCUUCUUGGGAUUUUUGAGCAGAGAAUUCUCUUUUUUUUUUUUUUUUUUUUGCUUUUUCAUGGUCCAUUAACUUAAGGGCAAUCAACAUGGGCUUCAUAUCACAUGAUAGCUGGACUUCUAAUAGGUGAUAUUCAAAAUACUUAAACAAUAUGGAAUCCACUUAUAUGCUCCUUGGAGCGAGACAUGUACCACCACACUCUGUGAUAUUACCAAUUUUUGACCGCAAAGGCUGAAUCCUUUUUACCUCUUAGAAUUAUGGAACCACAGUAAUGAUUCAUGGCAGAUGAUACCUAGCAUCCUGGCAGCUGCGGUGGAACACAGGUGAAAGCCUAUAUGGGGACACUUCUAGGGACUGUGGGUACAGCAACGUGAGGAACAUUUAUGCAUCAUGCAUGUGCUUCUUGAGGUGUGUGUGUCAAAGGGUAUUGGAGAGGGAAAAAAUCUUUUUCUUAUGCCUAUCUACCCAUCUACCCAUCUUAGGUCCCCAGCUGAGACCCUGUAAAUUAGAUUGGUAAAAGACAUUAACAAGAGAAAGCUGGGCAUGGUGGUGCAACUCUGAAGGCUAAGGCAGGAGGAUCACAAAUUCGAAAACAGCCUCAGCAACUUAGUGAGGCCCUAAGCAACUUAGCAAGACCCUGUCUCAAAAAGGGUUGGGGAUGUGGCUCAGUGCUAGAAUACACCUGGGUUCAAUUCCUAGUGCCAAAAUCCAAAAUAGAAGUUUACUAACAUGCUUUGUAUGUGUACAAAUGGCAUUACCAUUUUUUUUUUCCCUUUUGUGGUACUAAAGAUUGAAUCCUAGGACACUUUACCACUGAGCUAUGUUACCAGCUCUUUAAAAAAAAUUUAAAUUUUGAAAUAGGGUCUCCCUGUGUUGCUCAGGGGCUCACUAAUUGCUGAUGCUGUUCUUAUGAUCUUCCAUUGGGAUUAUAGACAUGUACCACUACACUCUGUGAUAUUACCAAUUUUUGACCCCAAAGGCUGGAUCCUUUUUACCUCUUAGAAUUAUUGAACCAAUAUAAAGCCUAAGCUCCAAUUGAGCAGUGGAGGAGACUUGAUUAUUGGCCAGGAAUAGGAAAAGUGGGAGAUGAACUUGCAAAGCAACUUCUUACCUGUUGGGGGUUGGGAGAUUAUAGAUAUAGGGCAAAAGAAAUGAAGGAGAAGGAGGUGAUAUCUUCUGGGGAUGGGUGGAGAUUUUCUGAGAAUUCAAGCACAGUUAUCAGUUGUCAUGGUGCUGGGGGGAGGGUUGUCAUUUAGCAAGCAGAUGAGGUUAUAAUGAAGUUAGAGAUCAUUUGAUGCUCUCCCUAGCAUGUUGUUUGAUAGCCUACCUGAAGAGGGACUUCUGGCCUUCAGACAUCUUGUUCUCAAAUAUUAGGGUGGGGUAAAAUUCAGCCAGGUCACCUAGGCAGUACAAGCUGGGUAACAUGGGACUACCACUAGUACCAAAGUGGUGGUAACAAUCUGGGCUUUAUACUGUCUUAGGCUAUGCAAAGCAGAAGGGGGUGGGGCUUCUGGGUAGAAAGCUCUGUUAGUGAUGCUUGUUAUGCAGGUUUGAGCUAGUGCUUUCUCCAUAGAUAAAAUUAUACCUUUACAAAUGUAAAUUUCCUUUACCAAAGGAAAAAUCUCUUCCCUGUUUUGAGAGCAUUCUCUCUGGCCCUUUGGUUCUCAUGACCUUUAGCUCAAUCCAUAUGCUAAAGAGGCAUAUUUUGAAGCAGCUAUUCUGGUACUCUUCUAGGUGGGGAGGGGUGUGAUAUUCUGCAUUGAAGAAAUUGGGAAGGCUGCUUUCAUGCUGGGUCCUUGCGGGAUACUACAGGAGCUGGACCCUGUCAGUGGGCUAGUGACCUGACUUGAACCUCAGCUAAACCCCAAGGUUCUGGAAUAAAGUUCCUUUUUUAAACACAAGUAUUAUAUUAGGUGGAUAGUUAAGUACAUGCUUUCUGGCAUCCUAAAUCCUGUAGGCUUGAAACAUUUGAGGGGAUCCAUCCCCCGCUUUUUUAGUUGAAUCCAAUCCAGUAACUUCUGUACAUUUCUAAAAUACUUUCCUACUUAAUCCUUUGUCUCCCUGGCAUAACUCCUUAUACUUACCCUCCCCCACUUAGUUUGCAGUGUUGGGAUGGAGUCCAGAUCCUUCUAUCACUGAGCCACAUCCCCAGUCCUCCUUAAUUUAUUGAGAUAGGGUUUCACCAAGUUGCCCAGGCUGGCUUUGAACUUGGGAUCCUCUUGCCUCAGCCUCCUAAAUAGCUGGGGCCUUCUUGAAACAAGUAGUGCAACGGCUUCUCAACCCCAGAUUCCUGUGAUUAGGCUGGAAAGAUUUCAGGCCCGUUGCUCAGAGUUACAGGCAUGAGUCUUAUUAGAAGGAAUCCUGCCCUUUGAUUUUAUUGGGAGCUGGGGAAGUUUACAGAGCCCUGCCCAAGUCCACUUUUAGACUUUUUUUUUUUUUUGACAGUAUGUGAACUGCAUGGACUACCUCUAAGAGAGAGGUAUUAUGCUCAGAGUUGGAAUUUUUAAGGAAAUUGAGUCCCCUGUUUUUGCCUCAAUUUCCUGUCCUCUUAAUGGGGUUGUUAUCAAGUUCCCCUCUUUUUGACUCAGUGUCCUUAAUCAGUUUUUUAUCUUUUGAAUAACUCCCAUCAAGCUUUCUUUGUGAGGGUUGAUGUUUUGGCUAUGGGGAGGUUGGGGGUUGUGACUUAGUAUUGGUGAUAAAAAAGUUUCUGGAUACUUGGUUACAAGAGAUAAUAUUUUCUUUAUUAAGGCUGGGUGAGGUUUUAACAUAUCAAGCUUCCAUUUUCCAGGUACUUAUCUGUCAGAUGUGCCUCCCUGUGGCUUUCAGUUACCCUUCAUUAUCUUUUCCCUGCUUAUCUAUUUAAAUGACUGAGUAGCUUCCACCUGUGUUACAGGAUACCAUGCCACCAAGCUGAGUCAGCCAUGGCAGCCCUCUCUCACCUCAGUUCUUGCAAUCAUGCCAGAAAACUUUCAGACAUCGCUCAGAGUAGCAGGCAUGAGUUUACUGCUGAAUAUGGAAAGGAAAAAGGGGAUACUCUCAAAGGCGAGACUGGGUCACAGAGAAGACAGGGAUGGUGUGCCUCUCCUGCCCUCCUAUUUCUAUUGGGGUCUCAGGGAAGUUUCCAGAGAGUUCUGCUCUGGUCUACUUCCUAACUUUUGACUGAUGGCAGGGUGACUUCAGACUUUCAAGUUUCCACUAUGCAUGACAACUCUAGAUCACUUUGGCCCAUGAUAACUGGUUCUAAUUGGAACCUGUUCUUACAGGUUUUAUGGUUUGGGGGAAUUCUCAUCUCCCUGAAUUCUGGAAUCCGGUCUGCAUAAAGGUCACAAAAGUCUCCCCCUUUAGGGUAACUUGUGUUCUUGGAAUUUCAGGCCUACAUUCCUCCUGCAAAUAACUUGUUGUUUUCUGAGGAAUGUAACAUAUCCUGUUGACUUAAGCCAGGCAGAGCUGUAUGUAAAUUGCUUGUUAAAAAUUGGGUUGGGGAAGGGAGGAGUCGGGGUAGGAAAGUUGGUGGAAUGAGAUGGUCAUCUUUUACCCUAAGUACAUGUUUAAAGACACGAACUGUUUGAAUCUACUUUGUGUAAAACCGGAGACAUGAAAAAUUGUGCUCUACAUGUGUAAUAUGAAUUGAACUGCAUUCUGCUGUAAUAUAUAACAAACUAAGGUAAAUAAAUAAUUUAAAAAAACUUUGGGGAGGGGUUAGCACAGAGGGCCCAGUGUAUAGGGCCUGUACACUUCCCCAUCUCUUUCUGGUACUGAGGAUCAAAGCCAGUGCCUCAGGAAUGCUAGGUAAGCACUCUACCACUGAGCCAUCCCCAGCCCACACCUCCCCAUCUUAAUGGGUAACAUGUAUAAGCCCUGCCUUUACUCCUUUCUAUACAGUAGGCAGCAAAUAUUUCAAAUUAAUUUAGUUAUCCACCAUGAUUCAAACUUCUAUGAAGACUUCUCUGACCAACCACACCUCCUUUCCAAGCACUCACACCGUAUGCAUUUUUUUUUUUUAGUUAAACACACAGUAUCUUUAUUAAUUUUCAUGUGGUGCUAAGGAUCGAACCCAGUUAAAGCCCCAGCCUUCAUAUGCUUUUAUUGUACAUCCCUUUAACCUUUUAUCUGCUCCCAACUCAGUUGUGUUACUGCUACCUGUGCUGGAGAUAUGUCUUUGACUGUCCCUACUGUUUAGGGUUGUGAUUAAAUAAACUUAAAUGGGUUUUUUUCUUCUAGAGUAUCAAAUGUAUAACUUUUCACAUGGAUACUGGAUGAAUUUAGAAUAAGAAUUGUUAGUCCUAAUGCCUGAGUUAAAGCAUUUAUUUAAUGAAGCAGGUUUCAUUAAAACGGAUUCCUAUAAACUGCUUCACUUAAUUCUCUGUUGUAUUUCCCCUAGAGUCCAUCUAGAAACAGUUGAGCUUCUGGGUUUAGGGAGCUGAUAAACAGAAGGAAAAAGUAGAGGUCUCUAGGUGCCAGUGAGAGAAGAUGGAGCAGGUCUUGAGAAACAGUAUUACAUAAGAGCCUUGAAAAGUAGAAUUAACAUUAGUGUUGCUUAUGGGGCUGAGAUUAGAAUUAUUAAACAUAAAAUGAGGACCUUACUUUAAGAUUAAUAAUUAGGCUGAGGAGAAAAUAAGAUUAACACAUGAAUGGCUAGGAUGAAGAUUAGGAUUAGAAUAGAGUUAAUGCUGCUGUUCUGGACUGAUAACAGGGUAAAUGUUGGAUCAAGGCCAUUUUAUGUAGGGACUAGAAAUGAAACAAGAAUUUUCAUUUUUCUUUGUUGGCAUGUACUCAAGGAGAAUUUGCCCAGCCUGGACAACAGGAAGACCUUGACACAAAUAAAACUAAAAAAACUGGUGAUGGAGUAUAGUGCAAUGGUAGAGUUCUUGCCUAGCAAGCCUGAGGCCCUUUGAUCCCCAGCACUCCCCCCCCACCCCCCCAAAAAAACCCAAGUGUGUGUAUUUGUGUGUGUGUGUGUGUACAUGUUUACUUAUUUUGUGUGUGUGUGUGAUACUGGGGUUGAACCCAGGGACACUCUACCUUGGAUCUAUAUCCUCAGCCCUUUUUUAUUUUGAGAAAGGUCUCUGUUGACCAGGCUGGCCUUGAACUGGAGAUCCUUCUGCCUCAGCCUCCUGAUUUUUGGGAAUUACAGGUGUUCAUCAUCAUGUCCAGCUUAGAAAUAGAAUUUGGUAUUGCCGUCAGUUCCAUGGAAAAGCUAGGUGGAGGAAUCUGUAGGAUUAGGACUCCACAACUAUUUACACAUUCUCUGGAGGGUAAGAUUCAUUCAUUUGCUCACUCACUUAUCCAUAGAAUCAGGUGCCAAUUUUCUGCAAAUUUUUCUCUGCUUUAUGGGAGCCUGAAAUCUUGUGGAAGAACAGGAGUACAGAGGAAGGCAGGAGCACAGAGUUGUAAAAAUACUUACAAGGGAUUCUUGUUUUUUGUUGCCAUGGGAUGAUGAUUUGAAGCAUUUGAAAAACUAUUCCAACUGAUCAUGGUGGCACACACAUGUAAUUCCAGCAACUUUGGAGACUGAGGCAGAAGAUCAAAAGUUCAAGGUCAGCCUGAGCAACUUUGUGAAACCCGGUCUCAAAACAUAACAAGGGCUGGUAAAGUGGGUUCUAUUGUUAGUACUAAAAACAAACAAAACCCAAAAAGCUACAACGUAUUCUGAGAUUCAAAACGGAGUGACCAUGGUACAUGUGUUGCUAGACUGGGAUGAUGCUCUUAAGUUUGUUGAGGAAUUGAGGUGUCUCACCUGGGCUGGGAGGGGAAUAAUUGUACCCACAGGCAGAGCUAAGAACGUGGAAUCUGGUCAGUUCUCCUGGUUCCAAAUCCUGUGUCUUAGUUUCUGCUUCUGAAAAAGGAUGUAUUAUUUGCUUCAUAUUGUUAUUACAUGGGUUAAAUGCAUAAAUGUGUGGAAAUUACAUUAAAUAGUGUCUGGAAUCUCAUAA